AUGUUCGGGGCCGCCUCGUCGUCGCCGUCGUCGUCACGGCGGUCGACGACGCUGCUACGCGCAGCGGGGCGAUGCACCCGGGCAUCGGCGACGGCAGCACCGCGACGACACCUCCGGACCGGCGGCGGAGGCACGCCCUUCCAGCCAAUGCGACCGCCCUCGCCGAGCGAGCUGGGCGCCCCUCGGGCGGCCAGGCAGUACAAGCGCAGCGGGAGGUGGGCGCGGCGGCUCCUCUACGUGGCCGGCGCGGGCGGGGCGCUGUACGCGGUGGACAGGCAGGUGUACGCGUCGGGAAUGACGCGGUCCCUGCGCACGUUCGCGACCGGCCUCGUCAUAGCGGUCGACUACAAGCUCAACUUCCGGCCGGACCCGUGGGUGGGCGGGGACGUGCAGGACCUGCACGGGCGCAGCGCGCGGCGCAUCUUCGACCUGCUGCAGGCCAACAGCGGGCUGUACCUCAAGAUCGGGCAGGCCGUGGCCAUGCAGAGCGCCGUGCUGCCGCCCGAGUUCCAGCGCAUGUUUGCGCGCAUGUUCGACGACGCGCCGCAGGACGGCUGGGCCGACGUCGAGGCCGUGAUACGCGAGGAGUUUGGCGGGCGGUCGGCCGAGGAGGUCUUUGGCGUCAGCUUCACCGGUAGACCCGGGUCGGGACUCAUGGAGAAGAGGGCCAGGGCGAGCGCCAGCGUCGCCCAGGUGCACUGGGCCAGACUGCCCGACGGCAGGGAGGUGGCCGUCAAGAUCCAGAAGAGGGAGGUCAGCAGGCAGCUCGACUGGGACAUGUGGGCGUUCAGGACCGUCACGUGGAUCUACUCCAAGUGGUUCGACCUGCCGUACUACAAGCUGGUGCCCUUCAUCACGGAGCGUCUAGAGCUGGAGCUGGACUUUGAGAACGAGGCGCGCAAUUCGGAGACGAUGCGGUCGCUCAUCGAGUCGGAGAAGAAGCUCAGGGGACGGGUGUACAUCCCGACGGUGUAUCCGGAGCUGUCGUCCAAGCGCGUGCUGACGACGGAGUGGAUCGAGGGGGUGCGGCUGUGGGACAAGAAGGGCAUGACGGGCGUGUGGCUGGGCGGCCACGGCAGCGGCUCGCCGGGGGCGGGCGCGCCUCUUCCGCCCAUGGACGUCGACGCGGCGCGGCGGGAGCUGCGGACGCGACCGGGCGGGAGCGAGCGGAGGAUCAAGCCGGAGCGGCAGGAGUGGCGGGGGCGGCGCGGCAAGGGGGGUCUGGGGAUACCGGCGCGCGAGACGAUGACGACCAUGGUGGACCUGUUCUCGGCGCAGAUCUUCAAGUGGGGGGUGGUGCACUGCGACCCGCACCCGGGCAACAUGUUCGUGCGGCGGCUCCCGUCCGGGCGGGGCCAGCUGGUGCUGAUCGACCACGGGCUGUACAUCUACCUCGGGGACGAGUUCCGGCGGCAGUACGGCGCCUUCUGGAAGGCCCUGCUGACCAUGGACAACGGCGCGAUGGCGGACAUCGCGUCGGGCUGGGGCAUCCGGGCGACGGGCCUGUUCGCCAGCGCGACGCUGAUGAGGCCGUACGGCGGCGGCGGGGACAGCGGCCCGGCCAGCGGCAGGCUCGACGCCGGCACCGAGGGCAUGACCACGGCCGAGAGGCACUUCGCCAUGCAGCAGCGCAUGAGGCAGGCCGUGCGCGACAUGCUGGCCGACGAGGACAAGUGGCCAAAGGAGCUCGUCUUCCUCGGCAGGAACAUGCGCAUCGUCCAGGGCAACAACCAGUUCCUCGGAUCGCCGGUGAACCGCGUCAAGAUGAUGGGCCAGUGGGCCAGCAGGAGCCUCUACGAGGACCCGGACAUGCCCAUGGCCCCCCGGUUCGCAAACGCCCUCCGGCACGUGCUCUUCUCGCUCGUCAUGGUGGCCACCGACCUGGCCUUUUACUUUUACAAGAUCCGCCAGUUCCUGGGCCGCGGCGCCGGAAAGGGUAUGGAAGACGUCAUGGAGGAUCACCUGAAGAGCAUGGCGUCCGAGUAUGGCAUCGAAUUGCAGGAGGCCUUGUUUGACGGUUAG